AUGUCUCGCAUCACUCCCCAGACCGGUCAAACAUAUGACUACGAGCCCCUGCCCAACUCCACAUCAAUCCGACUCUUACGAGUUGACCACAAAGACUCCGAUGGCCUACUACAUUGCACCAUCAAAAACGUCGAUCUGAAAGAUGGGCCUUCGUACCAAGCCAUGUCCUACACCUGGGGCAACCCACACAGCGAACUCGGCCAGGUCCAGGAAACCCGAGACAGAUAUUCAGAGAAUUAUCCCCCAGGGCACAGAGAAUGUAUAUCCGUCGACGGGAGGUUGUUAUACAUCACGCGAAAUGCGUACGAUGCGCUCGUCUCCGUCCCCAGAGACGCAUGGGCGAAAUGCUGCAACAGAGGUAAUCGGAGGAAACUUCUCCGGACAUCGCUUCAUUGGGCGUCUAUUGCCGGGAAGGAGGACCUGAUUCAGCCGCUUCUGUGCUCUGGUGUGGACGUUAAUGUCAGGGAUGAAUGGGGCGUGACGCCGUUGAGUUACGCGGCGCAGGUGGGAAGUCGAGAGGGGGUCGACUUGUUGCUUUCUGCGGGGGGCUACGAGGAGAUUAUCCGGUGUCUGGAAGAGGUCAUGCAGAAGGGAGGAAGACUGGAGCCGCGAGUGGAUUGGCCUGAAGGUCCGGAAAGAUGGUGCUGGAUUGAUCAGAUUUGUAUCAACCAGGAUGAUAUCGCGGAGAGGGGAGCGCAGGUUGGGAUCAUGGAUCAGAUAUACAAGAACGCAGCGUUUACGCUUGUCUGGCUUGGGCCCGGGGAUUCCUACACCGAUAUGGCGAUAAAGGCUAUCGAGAAACUGGAUACCGCGGCAGGAGACUUCAUCCGAAGCAAGGAGAUACAACCAUAUAGAGAGCAACCUGAAGAGAUCUACGCUGCUGCAAAGAUCCCCUACAUUUCGAUGGAAGAGUGGACUUCCCUCGCGGCCCUCUUUCAACGCCCAUACUUCCGGCGUCUCUGGAUCGUCCAGGAGAACAUCCUCUCCGACACCAUCAUGGGCUACUGCGGGACACGCGAGAUCCCGUGGAAAGCAUUCCACACAGUGGCACAACAGAUCUACUUUCGACAAGAGCUGCUGGGCCGACCGACGUCAACUGCGUUUAUUGCGCCGCAUCGGCCAGUGGCAGCUCUUGAGAGCGAGGUGGUAUAUCUCACGCAGUGGCGGGAGCGAUUGCAGAAGGGCGACAAGGCCACUGUUCCUCGAGAGCUGUCGCUAGAGAAUCUCAUUUUUGACACCUGGACCUUCAAUGCGACCGACCCCAGGGAUAAGAUCUUUGGGCUCUACGGUCUGCUCCGUGAGGGUGGUACGGUUGAUUGGAAGCCGGACUACUCUCAGUCCGUAGGAGAGGUAUUCGCCAGAGCAACAAAGGAGAUCAUCCAGAAGGCAGGCGAGUUGCGCAUUCUUUCCGCCGUCCACGACGAAUCCCUUAGGAAUAUUGCCGAUCUACCCUCCUGGGUUCCGGAUUACAGCGCCAACUUCUGCAAUAUGAUGUGCGCCAAUCAUCAUGCAGCCGGAGAUUCGCCCAUGAGGUCCAUAACGGGUAGCUCAUGGAACAAACUUCCUGUGACUGGUGUCAAGUUUGACUCGGCUGUCGCGAUAGGGAACACCACCAGCGGACCCGGGCAGAUGUCCAUGUUCUUUGACCAAAAGUGGCUGGAACUCACUCUGCUUCUCCCUGUCCCUUACCACACCGGCCAAGCGAGAACAGAGGCGCUGUGGCGCACCCUCUGUGCGGACCAGGCGCUUGAUGGUUCAAUGCCUGCUCCUCCGUCCUACGGGGACCUUUUCAACGCAAUGGUGCGCAGUCUCGUCUGCGUCAAAGCUGCUGGAACAGCCCGCGCUGCAGAAAAAGAUCCAGAGAAUGUUGUUGAUCUCCUCUCGGCUGCAUACCAUGUUCGGAAGACCUGGUCGAGUCCACCUCUCUCGGAGUUGUCUGUGGAGGAACUCACGGCUGUUGUCGCAGACCCGGAAACGAACCUCAGUCAGCCAGAUCGCCAGACAUUGACUCAUUUGUUGUAUAAGCUGCAAUUUCUUGGGAUUGCUGAAGACAAUUGCUUUACACCCUCUAUGGAUGAGGUCGAGAAAGCAUACUACAGUUCCUCAUGGCUGCCUUGGGAUGAGAGCGAGACAUUACAGCUUCCUGCAGAGGGACAAGAGUUUUAUAAUGCGCUAAGACAGAAACAUGGUCGACGGAGGCUAUUUGUCACUGCAAAUCGGUACAUCGGCUUGGGACCGGCCUCGAUGGCGGUUGGGGAUGAGGUGUGGCUUUUGGCGGGCUCGGGGCCGCGAUGGUGCUAA